AUGGACCUAGCGCACUCUGAUCUCUUAUCAGUGUGGACCCAAAUUGUAAAUAAUGAAUCAGAUAAAAUUUGGAUCGAUAACCGGAGUGUUUUCUGUGCUCCGCUACAGUCAUGGACCAGUGCCAAAGUCGCUUACAGUAUUCGCUUGAUGUAUGUACUCUACUCAUACGGAGACCAUAAUCGCUUUUGGCGAAGCUGUCUCUCCCAAUCAUUCUCUCGCUGGGCUGCAGGUCCAUCCAGCGUGGCUCAAAACUUCCCGUGCCAAGAUGACGUGGGACACUUCUCUUGCUUGUUACAGCAGGUAGGUACUCUACAAAUACAGUCGGUACUCUUGAGUUCAAGUAGUCUUCUACAUACGCUCGAUGUCGAUUUUUCUCGGGUUCGCAACGAGGUCCAAUCAUAA